GGCGAGGGCGUGCUGAACCGCGUGCAGAGGUGCGGGAACUGUCAGUGAGGCGCGAGCUACCACGGAGCGUUUAGUGAACUUAUGUUAAGACGAGUGUCUCUCAUACCGACGAGUGUUACUCAAACCGACGCCUGUCAGUCAUACAGACGACUGCCAGUCACACAGACGACUGUCAGUCACACAGACGAGCAGAAAGAAUGACAUUGGGCUCCAGGGAGGGAAUCGGUGUCGAUGGACGGAGGAAUUCGUCCCGAAAGCCAGAAGGUUGUGAGGAGGAGGAGGACGGGGAGACGGGGAGCGAGGAUCGCGAUACAAAGGGAGACGGAGCGGAGAGCCUUCAUCCAUCAACCGCAGGCAGCCCGGGGCUCCCCGGCCCGGUGCCCCCCGGCCCGGUGCUGACCGAGCCCGGACCCGGCUCGGCACCACCGCCCCUAACCUCCACUGAACCCACUCCCCCGAGUCACGACCAGCAUCAUUUUCUCCGAUCCAGCGUUCGUCCACCGAGCAAGCGGAUCCGGAAGGACUCGGUCGGCCCGGCCGGCGACGGGCCCGGUGGGUCUAGGUCCAGAGGUGCAGAGGGUGGCUCCUCCUCCCAGGGGGCCUCGGGGCCGUCCGGCUCGGCUGCGGGGGCCGCGGCCGGGGGGGUGUCGAAGGCGUCCCGGGGCCCGGCCGACAAAGAAGAGCAGGCGGGGAACCAGAAGAGGGCCCGGCGCCAGUGGGAGUCCUGGAGCGCAGAGGACAAGAACAGCUUCUUCGAGGGGCUGUACGAGCAUGGGAAGGACUUUGAGGCCAUCCAGAACAACAUCGCCAUGAAGUACAAGAAGAGGGGCAAGCCGGCCAACAUGGUGAAGAACAAGGAGCAGGUCCGCCACUUCUACUACCGCACCUGGCACAAGAUCUCCAAACACAUCGACUUCGCCAACGUGUACACCCGGGUGCUGAAGAAGUCGUCCCAGGAGCUGUACGGACUCAUCUGCUACGCCGAGCUGCGCAAGAAAGUAGGAGGACUCAUGGACGAUAAGAAUGUGACGAAGCUCAACGAGCUCAUCCAGAAUGGGGCCACCACAGUGCGCUCCAAGGGAAGGAACCUGCGGAUCAAAGCCCCCAUGUGCCGGGCCCUGAAGAAGCUGUGUGACCCAGACGGGAUGAGUGAGGAGGAGGACCAGAGGCCCGCCCGCCUCCCCCUGAAGGUGGCCGUGGAGCUGCAGCCGCGCACCAACCACUCCUGGGCCCGCGUCCAGAGCCUGGCCCACAACCCGCGCCUCAGGAUGAUGGUGGAGCUCCACCGCACGGUGGCCAGCCUCAUCGAGUACCUGAAGCACAAGUGGGCCUUCCACGACGAGCGCAUCCUGAAGAGUCUGCGGGAGCGGGAGGCUCUGGAGGGCCCCGCGGGCCCCGGGCCCACCCCCCCGGGCCGGCCCCGGGCGGAGGAGCUGUUCCUGUACCCGGCGGAGUGCAGCACGGUGACGGCGCUGCCGGGCGUGGCCCGCGUGGUGCACUCCAAGGCCUCGUGCACCGUGCACUGGCAGGAGAGCGGCCGGGCGCGGCCCGGGGGGGGGGCGCGCCCCGGGGCCAAGGACCUGCAGACCGCCCAGAUCCUGGGCAUCCACGGCCCUGCCCCGCCGCCCCGCGGGGGGCCCCGGGCCGGGCGAGGGGCCGACCCCCGGCGGGCCGAGCCCCCGCCCGCCUCCGAUCCGCCCGCCGAGCCUGGGGGGGAUGAGAGGAAGGCCCCGCCCCCUGUGGCCCCUCCCCCCUCCCAGACGAGCUCGGGGCCCAAGGUGGAGGCGGGAAACGGAGAGGGGCCCGACGCCUGGGCCGGCCCCCCCGAGGAGACGGGCGGCGGGCCCCCGGGGGCCCCCUCGCCCGGUCCGGAGAGGCGCCCCUGCGGCGGCGUGGAGGACACGCCCGCCGCCGCCCCCUCCCCGGACACCAAGCCCCCGGGGGCCCGCGGCGAGGAGGGCGGGGCCCCGCGGCCCCCCAGCGCGCUGGAGGAGAAGGAGCGGCUGGCGGAGGCCAUCCGGGAGGGGGGCUGGAGCGUGGGGGGGGCGGACGGCGUGACGCUGGCGGAGCUCUACCUGAUGCUGGGGCGGCCCAGCAAGCUGCAGCUGGAGUACGAGUGGCAGCCGGCCCCGCCCCCCCCCGACCCCGCCCCCGCCGGCCCCCCCGCCCCUCAGCCACGCCCCCCCAGCGCCAACCGGGUGCUGCGCUGCCUGCUGAGGCUGGUGGCCACCGAGGUCAACCCCAAGCCGCUGGCUCCAGAGCAGGGCUCCAGCGCCCCGUCGCCCCUCAAGCUGCCCCAGGAGGAGCAGAGCGGGGCCCUCACCCCCCCGGGGAAGGGCCCCGCCCCCGCCGUCCGCAGCCCGGGCUGUGGCCGCCAGCCCCCCUCCCUGCGGGGGCCCAAGGCCCUCCUGCCCAACGCCGCCGCCGGGGGGCGCCACCUGCCCCGCUCCCUGCUGGGCGCGGCGCCGGGCGGGGACCAGGAGGGCGGGGUGUUCGCCAUCCCCACCACGCUGCCGCCCAACAGCUCCCGACACUCCCGCAUGUUCUCCCCCAACAAGGAGGCGCAGCUGGCCUUCAGGCAGCAGCUGGACUCCAUCAGCAUGCAGUCCGAUCUCUUCCUGGCCAAGCAGAAGAAACCACGCAGCAGACAGCUCCGCAAGCCCCUGGUGGUUCAGAGGACCCUGCUGCCGCGGACCACCGGGGACACGCCCCCCCACGUCUGCUCCUUCUCCAUCCUGUCCAACUCCCCCGCCGCAGGAACCGGCUCCUUCCGGCCAAUCCAGACGCGCCUGGCCCCCACGUCCCGCCCCCUCCCCUCCAAAGCGUCUCCCGCCAACCCCAGCCUCUCGCGUGCGAUCGACCUGGCAGCCAAGUCUGCAGGCAUCAUCCCGGCCAGCCCCUCCAGGGAGGGGUCCUCGGACCUGCGGGGCCACGCCCUGCUGGACCCCGCGGCCGGGGGCGACGGGGACCUCCGCCCGGACCUCCGCCCGGACCCCGGCCUGCUGCAGCACAACGGCCCCGAGAGCGGGCCCCCUCCGCCCAGGGGCCGGGACCCCGUCCUGCCCCCGCCCAGCGUGGCCUCCCUCCUGGACAUCUCCCUCCCCGGCCCCCCCGAGGAGAGCAUGCCGCCGGGGGACGGCCACGCCCACAUCAGCGACUCCAUCAUCGAGCUGGCCAUCAACUCCUCCCACUUCGGUGAGGACUCGGCCCUGUCCUCCACCAAGCUGGGCUCCAGUAACGGCUCCAAGCUGCUGGCGGCGUCGCCCCCCGGCAGCCCCUCCCACGGCUGGAUCCCCUCGCCCAGCCACGACCCCCAGUGGUACCCCAGCGACUCCUCUGACUCCACGCUGGGCUGCCUGCUCUCCAGCCUGGUGUCUCCUGAUAAGGGCCGCCGGCCGUGCCCCUCCGGGCCCUCCAGCGGGACGGCCCUGCUGGGGCCCAGCCUCCUGGACUGCAACUCCCACGACUCCUUCCAGUCCCGGGGCCUCCCGGACGUGGCCGAGAUGGACAGCCAGCUGGCCUGCAUGAUGAGCGAGAGCAGCGUGGACUACAUCGCCCGCUUCAACGACCUCGCCCAGGAGCUGGCCGUGACGGAGCCCUCGCACCCUCCUCCACCCUGAGAACCACCCUCCACCCUCCAGCUCCUC